CGUGCUUCUCGGGGUCGGUCUCGGUUUCGGCAAUACCAUUAAUCUCAACCAAUGCUCUAGUCCUUGGCACGGUGCCAACCCAGAAGUCAGUCUUGUUAGCUUCCAUUUCAGUGUCCGAUAUUCAUCGGCUUCAAUUUCGUCACUCUGUAUAUAUGUUGGGAUUUCGACGAUAUGUUUGAUCAUGCUUGGGAACAAUUCUCAAUUGCCACUUCUGCAAAACAUGGCCUCCCGCUGGGCUAUUCUUCCAGUCUUUACCUACUUCCUCCAAAGCUCGUUUGCGCAGGCCAACAACUCGAUUGUCUCGAUCCCGUAUGAGCUUACUUACAAGCUGCCGGAAUUCAAUGGCAGCAUCUUCCAUUCCUUUGUAAAUGGCACACAAACUGCGGAUCCAGAAGUAAACAGCCUUUUCAAGUCCGCAACCCAGGUGCCAUUCAUCUCAUUUGACGAUGAGUUCCUCGCGCUCCUGGGAUCAAACCCGGACCCGGUCCUGAUCGAAGAGAGGCAGUCGAACUUUGCCGGCGAAGCUGGUGUCUGGAUCAAGGAGCGCAACGAGGUCUGGUACACCACCUGGAUCAACGACGGACCCACUCACGUUGAGAUUUUGAACCUCACUGAUAACACCAUCCGAAACCUGACCUCCUCGGAGCCUCUACGAAAUCCCAAUGGCGGCUUUUACCACAAGGGCCUUAUGUACUUCACCUGCCUGCAGGAUGCGUCCCGAAACUGGCAAGGCGGAGUUGUGUCCGUCGAUCCCGCAACAGGCAAGGUCGAGACCGUAUUGAACUCGUACUUUGGACUCCGCUUUGACAGCAUCGACGACGUGGCUUGGGUCACACAACCCGGCACCGACAAGGACUACAUGUUCAUUACCAUUCUGCCGUUUGCCGAUGGCACCAACUCAAACGACACUCUUCCCCAGGGUCUGUGGCGAUGGGAUCCGCAGGAAAAGCUCCUUCUACCUGCCAUCAGUCGAACUGAGUUUCCCGUUGCAAACGGAGUCCGACCUUCGAGAGAUUCGAAGUCACUCUGGGUCACCGAUUUCGGCGGUGAAGAACGCAGCAGGAUCUGGGGUCUGCCUUCCAAGGUCGGCGCGCCAGCCAUCUACAAAUACGAGCUCGACGAGAACAUGUGGCCCAUCAACAAGCGGAUCUUCGGGAUUACAAGGAUGCAGGCUCCGGAUGGAAUCCGUGUGGACGACAAGGGCAGGGUCUGGACUGGCGAAGGCGAAGGCGUGGUCGUUCGCUCGGCUGCUGGAAAGGUUAUUGGCAUCUUCAACGCUCAGUUCUUCACCAGGGAUCCAGUCAACAUUGCUAUUGUGCAGUUUGAACUUGCCGGCGACAGAUUGAUCAUCCUUGGCCAGAACAAGCUCUGGUCGAUCAAGGUUUCUGAAGUACUGGCCAGUAGUUAG